CACCGGAAUGAGAUAGAUAGAUAGAUAGAUAGAUAGAUAGAUAGAUAGAUAGAUAGAUAGAUAGAUAGAUAGAUAGAUAGAUAGAUAGAUAGAUAGAUAGAUAGAUAGAUAGAUAGAUAGAUAGAUAGAUAGAUAGGCAGGCCGACCACAUCCUUAACCACAAAUUAGACAGAGGCGCAUAUAGAGGGAAACAGUUCAGCGAGUGCGCUGCGGUCUAGAAAAUCCAGAAGCGAACACACAGACUUUCCUUUCAUCACUCAGUUUAGUAGUAUAAAACGGACCAUUUGCAUCCAUGUCUUCAGAAAUAUCAGGAGAUUUUCAAAAGGUUUCAACACCGUUUGUGACCGAGUGCUAUUUUACAGCUCUUUUAAUUUUUGACUUUUUGCAUAAUCGUUCGGAUCUUUUUGGUUUUUGGCUUCAAAUAAAUAUAAUGACACUUUGGAAAUGUAUCGCUCUGCUGUGUCCAUUUCUUUUUUUCGCCCAGAUUUGUUCAAUGCCAACAAAAUGCACUUUGCGGCGGGACCUGGUGAAAAAAACUCACAAACUACUUGAGAAUAUGGGAGGUCUUUUUCCUCGUAAAUGCUUGAAAGAAAACGUCGUAAUAACCUUCCCGACAUCUGCACUGCAAUCAAAUGACUCCAAUCAGAACAUUGGCGUAGCAAAGGCAGUCUAUAAGAUCAUGGAGCACACUGACUACCUGUUUGCGAACGAUAGUCAUCCACAAUCCUGGAACCAGAAGAAAGUGGUGGAUUUCCAAGACAUAGUUUAUCGUUUUACUGACGAGUACACAUGUAUUAUGAGGAGAGAGCAGCGACCCGUGGAUGAUUUUCCCACAAGAGAAGGUGCACUGAAAACCUACUUUGAUAAACUGGCCACUCUCCUCAGAAACAAGGACUACAGUUACUGUGCAUGGGAGGUGGUUCGAAAGGAGCUCCUGCGUGUUCUUAAAUUUACGCUUAAACUUGUGUCUUUUACUUAAAUUGUUCAGUUUUUGUGGAAUGUUUAUUUAUUUAUUCUUAUUAUUUAUUUAUUCUUAUUAUUUAUUUAUUUAUUUAUUUAUUUAUUUAU